GACUGCCGCCGGCACGCGAUGUCGCUGCACGACGUGAUGUUGAGCAACGACGACCUGCUGGCGGCGAUCGACCUGACGGUGGACUUCCACGGGAACGAAGCCUCGGUCGAGGAGCACGGGAUGGUGCUGCUGGACGUGAACCGGAAUCACCUCUGCGUCCAGCACGAGGCGGACCUGGACCAGACGGAGUGGUGGCCCACGGCGCACUGCAUGUUCGGGUUGCAGGCCUGCCUGGAUAAUGAUGGGUCGACCACUUGUGAUCAAGCGGAGAGUGGUUCGGAGGACGACCUCACUUUGAGUGGAGGCGAGACGGACCUCGCGAAUUGCGACUGCUCGCUCGACGGCGUCACGUCCUACUGCCUCUCGAAAUACACUUCGGUGGAGUGGUCCUCGCUGGACAAGACCUGCGACGUGUCGCGGCUCGCGAAGAAGUCGUCGGGCCGCGCGGCCCAGGCCGACGACGGGGCCACGCUCUGGGUCACCAUCGACGGCAUCAAAUACACUUAUGCCGAGGGCGCGGCCUACGGCGGCACGAACACGGAGGAAGGGUUCGGGGCUUGGGCCGCUCGAGUGAUGGGCGUCGUGUGCCAGUCUGUGCAAAACGCGGGCCAGGCCGUGCCCGAAUCGUGCGCGGGCUACUUCCCCCCGCACUAG